AUGAAUUUCAUCUUUUUUCAUUUACUUUUUCUUUUGUUCUUUUUAUUCUUUCUUUUUCUUUUUUCUUUCUUUUCAUCUUUUUCAUUCUUUUUCAUCUUUUUCUUUUUCAUUCUUUUUCAUCUUUUUCAUUCUUUUUUUUUUCUUUUUUUCUUUUUUUUUUUUUUCAUCUUUUUCAUUCUUUUUUUUCAUCUUUUUCUUUUCAUUUUCAUUUUUUCAUUCUUUUUUUCUUUUUCAUUCUUUUCAUCUUUUUCAUUCUUUUUCAUUCUUUUUCAUCUUUUUUCCUUUCUCUUUCUUUUUCAUCUUUUUCUUUUUCAUUCUUUUUCAUCUUUUUCUUUUUUCAUUCUUUUUCAUCUUUUUCUUUUUCAUUUUUUUCUUUUUCAUUCUUUUUCAUCUUUUUUCAUUCUUUUUCAUCUUUUUCAUUCGUUUUCAUCUUUUUUCCUUUCUCUUUCUUUUUCAUCUUUUUUCCUUUCUCUUUUCUUUUUUUUAAACAAAUCAAAAAAAUUAAAACUAUAA